AUGGCUUUCCUGACUUCAUACCCGCCGUUCCCCGUCACUGGUGUUCCCCGCCUAUCCUUCUUCACACAGACGACCACAUCUGCAAUCUUGACGCCUACUCAAACAGCCAUCUUCCACGAGAGUGACUCUAGCACGUCUACCUCAUCCUCCGAAAGCUGGGAGUCCUCACCCACCGCAAGCGGAAGUCCGGACAGCAGCAAGGAUGCUUUUCUCGACAAUCUUGAUAGUGGCAAAAAGGCUGCCAUAGGUGUUGGCAUUGGUGUAUUUGUACUUCUGAUCUUCCUGGUAUCGGUGUGGUACUGCUGUGGCGGCUGUGGUUUUCGUGCGAGACGCAGGAAACGUCUCCAAAGAGCCACGCAAGUGCUUCCUUCUGUCCCCGCCACCCAUCUUCCAGCGGUUUUGGGUAGCAUGCAGAGUGUCGAUAUCGCAGUUCCACGUACUGGAGAAGCCCCUCCGCCUGUGUACGAAGUGGCUAUCCCUCCUCAACACCGAUAUGUGGCUGGCGGAGCAACACAUAUUACGGAAGAAGAAGAGGGUAUAAUCUCGGACGGCAAGAUGCCCUUGAGCGAGAUCCCAUUUGAGGAUGUGGUGCUUGAUCACCCGCCCUCAGAGGGAUCGUCGAGGAGUUUUAGCGAAAGACAUUAUGGGCUGGGAGGAGACACAACUGGGCAUACAAACUCUUGA